AUGGCCUCUCUCAUGCGCCAGUCUUGCCUCUCUGCCCUCCGGACGCCCUUGGCGACCCGGAAUGCCGUGGGCAUCUCCCAGGUUGUGGCUUUCCAUGCCUCCGCCAGGAAGCAGAUUCUGCCUCCUCUUCCUCAGACCAUCCAGGGAACAAUGAACGACGCUGCUCCCAUCCCCACCCCCCACCCUUCCGAGGGUAGCUACCACUGGACUUUUGAGAGACUGGUGACCGUUGGUCUGAUCCCUCUCACCAUUGCUCCCUUCGCUGCUGGAUCCCUCAACCCCGUUAUGGAUGCUGUGCUCUGCUCGCUCCUUGUCGUCCACUCUCACGUCGGAUUCCAGGCCUCUAUCAUUGAUUACUUCCCCGAGCGCCGUGUCCCCAAGACCCGUACGUUCCUCAACUGGGUCCUGCGUGCCUUUACCCUUACCACCGCUGUUGGUCUGUACGAGUUUGAGACAAACGACGUGGGUGUGACAGAAGCUAUUAAGCGGGUCUGGAAGGCAUAG